AUGAGUCGUUUACUGAGAUCAUCGAACACUGUUGCAAAAUGUUGUGUACGAACGUUGUGGGCUCCAGCUGGUAUCGAGCCAGUAAGUCCGUGUGUGUGUACGGAUGUACCGGGCCCUGUUUCGAAGAAACUUAAAGCGGAAAUGGACGCAGUUCAUCAAACUUCAUCGGUGAAAUUUUUCGCUGAUUACAAGAAAUCAAUCGGAAAUUAUUUGGUGGACGCUGAUGGCAAUACAUUUUUGGAUAUUUAUAUGCAAAUAUCGUCACUUGCUCUCGGUUGGUUGAUUGGGCUGUUGUACCUUACUUACGAUUAUUUGCUCGUGACAUCAUUGAUUUCUAUUCUUAUCGACAAUAUCAAGGUUUGCCUAAUUGUCCGUACGCAUUUUGCAGGAUACAACCAUCCGGAUUUGAUUAAAGUCGUCUCUGACCCCCGUUUCAUUACAGCUGCUGUGAGUCGUCCAGCAUUGGGUUCGUUCCCGGGAAAUGAUUUUCCGGGUGAAGUUUCGAAGGCAUUAACUUCAGUGGCACCGAAAGGCUGUCCACUAGUACAAACAAUGUUGUGUGGCUCAUCAGCGGAUGAAAACGCGAUCAAAACGGCAUUCAUUUGGUAUCAAACGCAAAAACGUGGCGGUAAACCACCAACUGAACAAGAUUUGGAGUCGUGUAUGAGGCAUGAAUUACCCGGUACUCCACACCUAUCGGUACUGUCAUUCAAGGGUGCUUUCCACGGUAGAACACUUGGUGCAUUGACAAUGACCCGGUCAAAGGCUAUCCAUAAAGUGGAUAUACCAGCGUUCGAUUGGCCAGCCGCUGAGUUCCCUCGUUACAAAUAUCCACUGGAGAAGAAUAUUCAGUACAAUACUGAACAGGAUGCGAUGUGUCUUGCAAAUGUCGAAGAGCUGAUCGCAGAACGAAAGAAAGCGAAAUGUGAUAUCGCAGCAUUAAUUGUAGAGCCGAUUCAAAGUGAGGGUGGUGAUCAUCAUGGUUCACCGCAGUUCUUCCAAGGCCUUCGUGAUAUAACCAAGAAGAAUGGUAUUGUAUUCAUCGUUGAUGAGGUUCAAACUGGAGGCGGAGGAACUGGUAGUUAUUGGGCGCAUGAGUCGUGGAAUCUUUCAUCACCACCGGAUAUGGUUUGCUUUUCGAAGAAAUUCAUGGUCGGUGGUUAUUUCUAUGCUGAACAUCUGAGAGUUAAAGAGGCUUAUCGUAUCUAUAAUACGUGGAUGGGUGAACCAACAAAACUGAUAUUACUGGAGAAGGCAGUUGAAGUGAUUGAACGAGAUAAUUUGCUUGAACAAGUGAGGAGAGUUGGUAAAGGAUUGCAAAGUGGUCUGCGUAACAUUGAGAGUGCGUACAGUUCGAAAAUGCAUAAUGUACGUGGAUUAGGAACAUAUUGUGCGUUUGACUUGGAUGAUUCUGAACAUCGAGAUAAAUUCGUUGAUAUUGCCAUUUCAAAAGGUUUACAUAUUGGUGGUUGUGGUGUAACGGGAAUACGUUUCAGACCAGCAUUGAUAUUUGGAGAGAAACAUUUAGAGAUUACACUUGAUAUUUUGAGUAAAUCAAUGAAGCAAUUGUAA